UAAACGUACAAAGAAGAUUCAUUAUUAUCAGUACUGUGCAUACUUUCAAUAUGUAUACGUUCUUUUCUUUGGUAGUCGCUUGUUUAGCGAUAACUGCUCAUGGCUUUCCAGAACCUGAAAUUGUUGGUGGAAGGGACGCGCCGAUCGGCAAGUUCCCGUACCAAGUAUCUCUGAGAAAAUCCGGACGUCAUUCCUGCGGUGGAUCCAUCAUCAAUCAUUAUACCAUUCUCACUGCUGGUCAUUGUUUAGUAAGGUACAGCUUAAAUGGUCCCGGUGCUUUCACAUCGUUAACUAUUCACGCCGGCACAAAUCUGCUAAGCGAAAAUGGUACUGUCUACAAAGCUAAACAAGCCAUUAUUCACGAUGCUUACAAUUCCCUUAGAUUAAUCAACGACAUCGGUUUACUUAUUCUGUCGACUCCAAUUAAAUAUACCAAAUAUAUACAGCCUAUAUCACUUGCAACUACCGACAGUGCUCCCAGUGGCUCUUACUGCAUCUUAUCUGGAUGGGGAAGAGUUAAGCUUGGUGGUACGAUUCCUGAUAAGUUACAAGAGAUUGAGUUAAAUGUUUAUGACUUAGUUAAAUGCCAUCAAAGCCAGAGAAGGGUACAAUCUAGUCACAUUUGCACACUAACCAGAAUAGGCGAAGGCGCGUGCCACGGAGAUUCCGGUAGUCCUCUUGUUUCUAAUGGUGUUCAGAUUGGUAUUGUCUCUUUUGGUACACCAUGUGCUCGGGGAAAGCCUGAUGUACACACUAGAGUGGCCUCUUUCACGGAAUGGAUUGAAAACCAUAUUGUCGAAUAAU